CCAGAAGACAGUGCGCGGCGAAAGUCCAAGUUCAACAACACGCGGUACCGCAACGAGCGGCCGAUGAAGCCAACAGUACCGAUGAAGCUGUCAAUCGUGCUGUGCGUGGUCGGGCUGGUCCCGGCCGUGCUGCCGGCCAAGUAUAUGCCCAAAUGGAAGAAACAGGCAUGCGAGCUGCCGGCCGUGCAGAGCGAGCACAGUCACUACGUUUGUGACGAGAAGGGCGAACCAAAAUGCCUACCCGGCUGGCAGGGGGACCUGUGCGAUGUGCCGAUAUGCAAGAAAGGGUGUGAUCCUCUGCAAGGUUACUGCAAGCGGCCAGGCGAGUGCCGGUGCAAGCUCGGCUUCUACGGCGAGCGAUGCAACAAGUGCAUUCCGCUACCGGGCUGCCAGCACGGCUCGUGCAACGUGUCCUUCGAGUGCGUGUGCAAGGAGGGGUGGGACGGACUCUUCUGUUCUGAACCGAUCUGCCGCCCGGACUGCCACCAGACCCGCGGCUUCUGCGAGUCGCCGGGCGAGUGCCGCUGCCGGCUGGGCUGGUCCGGCCCCACCUGCCGCGCCUGCCAGCCGCUGCCUGGCUGCCAGCAUGGCUACUGCGACAAGCCGCUCGAGUGCAAGUGUCUGUCUGGCUACACGGGCUUGCUGUGUCAGACGCCGAUCUGCUCAGCGGGCUGCCAUAGCGAGCGCGGCUACUGCCGCCGCCCCGGCGAGUGCCGCUGUAAAGUCGGGUGGACUGGAUCCACUUGCUCCCAAUGCCACGCCUACCCUGGCUGCGUCCACGGGACCUGCAGCAGACCCUGGGAGUGCGCCUGCGAGCCCGGCUGGGGCGGCAUGCUUUGCGAUGAAGAGCUAAACUACUGCGAGAAGAACCCAGACACCUGCAAGAACGGCGGCAAAUGCCAGUCCCUGGAAUCCGGUGACGGCUACUUCCGCUGCUCCUGCCCCGCCGGCAUCAGCGGCAGGAACUGCGAGAACCUGCCCGACAGCAUGACCACGCCCAUAGCCGAGUCUACAAACUCCACUGAGGUCCCGGCAACUUCCACGGAAACUACCACGGAGCUCACGAAGGAGCCUAGCGAGGAAAAUGAGACUGAGUAG